AUGAGCUCAUCACACACAACACACAGCUCAGGCUCCAACAUCGUCGGCGUGCACUACCGCGUCGGCAAGAAGAUCGGCGAGGGCUCCUUUGGUGUCAUCUUCGAGGGCACUAACCUGCUCAACUCGCAGACGGUAGCCAUCAAGUUCGAGCCGCGUAAGAGCGAUGCGCCUCAGCUGCGAGACGAGUACCGCACCUACAAGAUCCUCGCUGGCUGCCCUGGUGUGCCGCAGGUCUACUACUUUGGGCAGGAAGGGCUGCACAACAUCCUUGUCAUCGAUUUGCUUGGGCCCUCGCUGGAGGAUCUCUUCGAUAUGUGCGGGCGCAAGUUCUCCAUCAAGACUGUGGUGAUGACUGCCAAGCAGAUGAUCACGAGGGUGCAAACGAUUCACGAGAAGAACCUCAUCUACCGUGAUAUCAAGCCUGACAACUUCUUGAUCGGACGACCGAUGACCAAGGGAGCCAACAUUGUCCACGUCGUUGACUUUGGCAUGGCAAAGCAAUACCGCGACCCAAAGACGAAGCAGCACAUCCCGUAUCGCGAGCGAAAGAGUCUGAGCGGGACGGCUCGUUACAUGUCCAUCAACACGCACUUGGGGCGAGAGCAGUCAAGGAGAGAUGAUCUCGAGGCAUUGGGACACGUCUUCAUGUACUUCCUCCGAGGUGGCCUCCCAUGGCAAGGUCUCAAGGCGGCGACGAACAAGCAAAAGUACGAGAAGAUUGGAGAGAAGAAGCAGAGCACCCCUAUCAAGGAGCUGUGCGAGGGCUUCCCCGAGGAAUUUGGCAUCUACCUCAACUACGUCCGCAAGCUGGGCUUCGAAGAGACACCAGACUAUGACUUCCUCCGCGAGCUCUUCACCAAGGUGCUCAAGUCCUCCGGCGAGCCCGAGGACGGCGUCUACGACUGGAUGAUGCUGUACGGCGGUAAAGGGUGGGAGGCGGGUACUACACGCGAAGUACAGCGCGAGCGUGAGAGGGAGCAGCGAGACAGGGGAGACAGGGAAAGGGAGCGUCGUCAUGCUUCUCAGAUCGCGCAGGCUGGUACGACGGUACAGCAGGGUGGGCAAGGGCAGAGCCAUUCACAAGGGCAGGCACAGCAGCAACCUCCGCUUACCCGCAAUGGGUCCAAGCAGGGCCGCAAGUCGGGCGUGCCUGCGGGAUUGGUGCCAGGUGGUGGUCAAGGCGAGCGCAGCCAGACAGCAGGCAACCAAGCUGGGCUGCGUGCAUCGCACAGCGAGUUCCAUCGGGGCGAGUCCUUUGCUGGAGUCGGGCAAGGAUCCAAUAUUGCCGUACGCGAUGCAGCUGUGGCAGGUCUGCCAGGUCAACACAGCCCGCUCGGACGUGAUGCGUCCGGGCAUGCAGGCAAUAUGACGCCCAACCACAACAAUGCCAGCAAUGCAGGUGGCAUGGUGACCAACAGCUCGGGUGCGGUCGAGGGAGGGAGGAGGGUGGACGGGCGUGGCCCCGUUGGGGGAAUGGCGAACGGAGAUAUGCACCCGGCGGAGAGGAAGACCUUUGGACAGAAGUUUGUGGACUUCUUGACUUGCAGGUGUGGGGCGUAG